AUGGUUCGUGCGAGCUUCACAGAGGGCUCGGCGACGGCGGAGAGAGCGGGCGGGGAUGGGGGGGAGGGCGGGGCUGGUGUGCGGGGAGGCGGAAGCGACGGUGUGGUUGCCGGGGGUGGCGGAGCGGCGGGAGCGGGUGACGGAGGCGGAGGGGGGAGCGGGCGCGGGGACGAGGAGCUGCUGUGCCCCAACUGCCGCGCGCCCCUCUCGCUCCUCUCUUUCCCCGCGCUUGCCUUCCCCCAUUCCCCCUCCUCCCCGUCCGCGUCCGCGCUAUCUCCGCCCAUGUCCGCGGCGGAGGCGCGCACGAGCGGGCGCGCGGUGCUGUUCUGCCGCCAAUGCCAGCGAUUCACCGACAGGCCGGUGGCGAGAGGGACAGGGGAGGCGGAGAAUGGGCGGAAGGGGAAAGAAGAGGGGCAGCCGCAGGUGACGGCGGAAGGGCAGUGCGCAAGCGGGGGGAAGGGGGAAGGAUUGGGGAAGGGCAAGGCCGGGGGGGGGGGCGCGAGAGUGGGGGAGUUUGUGGAGGCGGACUGGUAUGAAGCGGACUGGAAACAUGUCUCCCCCCUUUCCGCCGUCACUCCCCCCGAGCCCCCCGCCUCUGACGCGUGGCAGUGGUCCCGCUUUGGGCGGCAACUUAGCCGCCAAGACGGCCGCCCGGGCGGCAGGUCUGCGCGCAGCGAGCUGGACGGGAUGAUGGGCGGGGCGAGCGGGGGGGAAGGGGGGAGCGCGCGGAGGGAUGCGCGGGAGGAGUAUGUGAAUCGGUUCAAGGCGAAUCCCCCCCGCGCCUGGCGCGGGUGCGGGGGAGAAGCGGGGGAGGGGGCAGCAGAGCGGGGGAGGGGAGGGGAGGGAGGGGCGGGAAGGGCGGGAAGGGCGAGAGGGGAGGGAGGGGCAUGUGCCGUGUUUUGGGGCGGCAGGGGGAGGGGAGGACGGGACAGAGCACAACUGGGGAGGGGCGAAUCUGGGGAGAAUCUGCCCACGCCCAAGCAGAUCCGGGCAGCUCUGGAUGAAUUUGUGAUCGGGCAGGAUAAUGCGAAAAAGGUUUUGGCAGUGGCAGUUUACAAUCACUACAAGCGCAUCUUUCUUGAAAACCAGAAGCGGGAAAGACUUGCCAACCUGCCAGAGGGGGCGUGCGAGAACCUGGUGGGGGGCGGUGAGGAGGACGAGGUGGAGGUGGAGAAGAGCAACGUGCUGCUGAUGGGCCCCACGGGUUCAGGCAAGACCCUACUGGCCAAGACUCUGGCUCGGUUUGUCAACGUGCCAUUCGCCAUUGCUGAUGCCACCACUCUCACUCAGGCUGGUUAUGUGGGAGAGGACGUGGAGAUGAUUCUCUAUAAGCUGCUGCAGGCGGGGUAUGUGGGAGAGGACGUGGAGAUGAUUCUCUAUAAGCUGCUGCAGAGCGCCAAUUUCAGUGUGUCAGCAGCGCAGCAGGGCAUCGUGUAUAUCGACGAGAUCGACAAGCUUACCAAGAAGGCAGAGGGCAUCACGAGCACACGGGACGUGUCAGGGGAGGGCGUGCAGCAGGCGCUUUUGAGGAUGCUUGAGGGCGCUGUGAUCAAUGUGCCAGAGAAAACAGGGAGGAAGAAUCCAAGAGGCGAGUUCAUACAGCUGGACACACAGAACAUUCUCUUCAUCUGUGGAGGGGCAUUCGUGGAUCUGGAAAAGACGAUUGCAGAGAGGAAGCACAAGUCAUCCAUCGGCUUCGGGGCCCCCGUGCGCGCAUCGCUGCGCAACCGAUCGGUGCUUGACGCCCGCACUGCCGGCUCGCUGCUGCAAUCGGCAGAGAGCACGGAUCUGAUAGCCUAUGGGCUCAUCCCUGAGUUUGUGGGGCGAUUCCCCGUGCUGGUGGGGCUGCAUGCGCUCACAGAGGAGCAACUCGUGCAGGUUCUCUUAAAGCCCAAGAACGCCCUCAGCAAGCAAUUCGCCAAGCUAUUGGCCAUGAACAACGCCCGCUUGCACAUGACGGAGGGGGCAGUGAGGGCCAUAGCGCGCAGAGCAGCAGCGCGAAACACGGGGGCCAGGGGGCUGCGAUCGCUGCUGGAGGGGCUGCUCACCGAGGCUAUGUACGAGGUCCCCAGCAAUCUGGUGGAAGCAGUGGUGCUGGACGAGGCAUCGGUGGGGCACGAGGGGGAGGAAGGGGAAGAGGGCAAGCCGGUCCCCAGCAGUCUAGUGAAGGCAGUUGUGUUGGACAAGGCAUCGGUGGGGCACGAGGGGGAGGAGGGGGGCGACGGGGUCCCCAGCUCUCUGGUGGAAGCAGUGGUGCUGGACGAGGCAUCGGUGGGGCACGAGGGGGAGGAGGGCGAGGACGGGGUACCGGGGUGUGGGGCCCACAUACUGCAAGGGGAGGGCUCGUGGGAGCGGUGGUUGCAGGAUAACGAGGGGGGAGGAGAGAAGGCGGGAGGGAAGGGAGAGGAGGGCCAAGGGGGAGGAAGCAAGGGAGGCUCAUCUGGGGGAGGUGGAAGUGAUGAGGAAUCGGAUGCAGCUCCUGCUCUUGCCACAGCCACUGCAGCUUGA